AUGAAAAUUUUUUACGUCUUCGUCAUCGUCUUAUUUGUUGCUCUCAGCGCCAAAACUGCUGUUGGUGACUGUUUGUCAGGAAGAUUUGGAGGUCCAUGUGCCGUUUGGGACAACGACAGCUGUCGUAGAGUAUGUCAAGAAGAAGGAAGACCAAGUGGCCAUUGCAGUCCUAGCUUGAAAUGUUGGUGCGAAGGUUGUUAG